AUGGAGACUUCCAAAGAGCAGGCUUCCAAGGACUAUGCUGAUUUCGAGGAGAAAGUUAAGAGGACGAUAUAUAUUGACCAGCUUUCUCCUCAAGUAAAGGAAUCGGCCAUCAAAGCUGCUCUUGCACAGUGUGCAAAUGUUGUCAGUGUGGAGUUCAUCGUCAACUACACAAUCCCAUAUGAAAUCCCUUGUGCCGCAUUGGUGGAAUUGAAUGAUGAUGUGCAGGCUAAGGCUGCUGUAGACUUGAUGAAUGAUUUCCCAUUCAUAAUUGGUGGAAUGCCAAGGCCUGUAAAAGCUACACAUGCCAAGCCUGAGAUGUUUCAUGAUCGCCCUCCUUGCCCUGGCCUUAAAAAAGAUUUCUGUUGGGUAAAACAAGGAGAUAAGGACUAUGAAGCGAUGCAGAAAUUGAAAAACCUUGCAAAGAGGCAGGAAUCUGAGAACAUGGCUCUGAUAAAGAAACUGUUGGAAGAGGAGAAGGAACUAGCGAAUCGGCAGCAGGAGUUACUCGAUGGAAACUGCAAGAAGUACGACAUGCUGGAAACUCUGAUGCAAAACGGAACCAUGAAGAACCUUGCUCAACGCUACGGAAUAAACUUGGACGACUGA